CACAAAAACAGUGGGGAAAAGUCGCACACACCGGUUUGUUUGCGGAUAAAAAGAUAAGAAUUAUUAUUAUAUUAACAUUUCCCAGAAUUAUUUCUCAUUAACGCUUUAGUGUACAUUUUUACCUUUCAAUCAUUCAAUUGAACAAAUAUCAGAUUCUCAAGAAAAUGUCAGAAGAAUCAAGUGAUAGUGGCUGUAAGUCUCUGCUUAAUAUUACACAAAUCUUGGCGAAGAAAAACAGAUCCAAGGAAUAUUUACAAACAGCUCCUACGAAAAAGAAUGCAAUGUACUAUAAUAUGAAACAUCCGAAACGUGGGAGCGCUUUAAUUUUUAAUCAUGAUUUAUUUACAAAUAAAAAAUUACCACAACGAAUGGAGGCAAAGAUUGAUUGUGAAAUUCUUUCCAAUAUUCUCAAGAGUCUUGAUUUUGAGAUAAAAAUAUAUGAUAAUUUGAAUUACAAGGAAAUUGUUAAAACUUUAGAAAAAGUUGCUAAAGAAGAUCAUUCGGAUGCUGAUUGUUUGUUCGUCGCUGUUCUUACCUAUGGAAAUUUUGAUUUACUACACGCUCGUGAUAAUUAUUACAAAAGUGAAAUAAUAUGGAAGAGUUUUUAUGCUGACAAAUGUCCCACUCUUUGUGGAAAACCAAAAUUAUUUAUCAUUCAAGGCUGUCAAUGUGAUGAGUUAAAUAAGCUUGUCCUUCAAAAACGAACAGUAACAGAAGAUGGAUCAUGUGGAAAAAAUUUCUGUAUUCCAAAUCAAGCAGAUUUUCUCAUCUUUUUUAGCAGCAAUUGCAUGAGUAUGACAGCAGAAGAGAAGAAAUGUAAAAAAGUGAAGAAAUCAAAAAAUAUGAGUUGCCAAAAAACCGUAGCAGACGGUAAUGCAUUAGGAUCCGGCUGUCGUCAGAUUGACACUCCCAGUGACGAGGAGAUGAUUAUCGAUGACGAAACAAUGAACACAGAUGAAGGAAGUCUUUCUUCGGACUUGAAGAAAACUGGUUCACUGUUCAUAAAAUCAUUGUGUCAACAAUUACGUGAGAAUGGAACUAUUUACGAUAUUCACACAAUAUUAACAUAUACAAUUCAAUUAGUUGUCGCUGAUUUUGAAAACAAGAAUAAAGAAGAAAUCAAAGAAGAAGGACAAAAGGAAUUUGAAAUUCCCUACUUUGUAACAAUGUUAACGCGAUUAUUACAAUUUAAUACAAAAAUUAAGCGCUCCUUGCCCAAAUGAAUAGUUUUAUUAGAAUAGAUUUCUAAGAGAAAUAUGUGGCAGUAUUUUUAAGAACUAUUUUUAGUUAAUUUUAAUGAAAUUUAUUUUUAUUGAAUUGUUUUUACUUUUAAAAGACAUUUUUUUAAAAAAUAUUUUAUACUAAUCUCGAAUAUUUUCGAGAUAUUUUUUUUAUUUUAUAUUACAUUCCAGAAUGAAAUAGUGUAUUUUAUAUAUAAUUUGUUGUUACUUAUAGUUUUAUCAGUAUAACAUUUAAAAAAUCAAAAAAUUCUUCCUUGCAUUUUCUUAUUAAUGCACAAAAAAAAAAAUUAAAAAUAGGUAAACUAAUCUGUAGUAUAAAUAUAGAAUUAAACAUUGUAAUUAAAAACUAUUUGUAAAAUACAGAAAGACUAACAAUGUUACAAAUUUCUAAGCUAUAGAUUUUUAUCCAACAUAGAUUUAAAAUUUUAUCUUUUGUCAAUAUUAAGGGUUCAUUAAAAUUUUAUGUUACGAUACAACAUAAAGGUACAACUUUGAAUUUUAUUCAUUUUAUUAAUUUCAUUCGAUUAAGCUUGCUUUGAAAAUUUGUCCAAUUGUCGAAUUGUGAAAAUGUGAUUUUUAAUUAAAUCUAAAUUCUGAAAUUAAAUGUGUAAAUAAAGAAAGCAAUUUGACGAAAAA